UCGGCGCUGGAGUCGCACUGGUCGGAGCGCAACGCGAAGGACGAGCUGAUGGCCCCGCUCGGGGGCGCCGGCCUCUACACGGAGCUGACGCUGGGCGCCUUCGUCGACCUGGGCUACUACAAGGCGGACUGGGCGGCGGCGGAGCCGAUGGCGUGGGGCAAGAACUCGGGCUGCGAGCUGCUGGAAAAGAAGUGCGCCCAACUCAGUUUGGAUAAAUACCCCAAAAUGUUCUGCAGUGGAAGCGAUUUCCACCUGCGCUGCACCUCGGACCGGUAUUUCAGCGGUCGGUGCACAGGGAGCAUCAUGGAGCCGUCGCCAGGAGCGGCACCGGACUCCUGCCCCGUCAUUGAGCCCGUGAUAAGCGUGAGGGAUCUUGCCACUGUCUUUAAGCAGGGGGCGCAUAAACCGGCGAGGCCUGGCGACCAGCCCUCCUCGUGGUGCCUGGACACGGCUCCCACCACGGUGAAAGGCUGCGACGGAGGAGGAUGA